UCACAGUUGAAUUUAGGCAUCUUGGGAAACACAUUGGGAGAGAAAAAGUUUUGUUAAAAAUUUGAUAUAUUUCUGAAAAUACGUCGCCCGCACUCAUUCAUCAGAGGAAUUUUUCAAUCUUUGUCAAGAUGAGCGAGGCUGAAAAUUCGCUUGAAGCAAGGCUCCAAAAACAGGAGGAAGCAUUAGAAGCGCUCAAAAGUAUACCCCAAAUUAUUGCUGAAUUGAAGUCGUCGUUGGAAAGUCAAGGGGCUGACAAUAAAAGAAAAAGUACGUGGUCCUUAGGACUUUCAGAUGAGGAGGACGACUCAAACCAAGACGAAAUUAAUGCAUUAAUUGGAAAAAAUCCAUCCACAGAUGAUGAAUUGCAACUGCAAGAAGUGAAUGAACUUUUAAAUGAUAUUGAAAAGCAAUCAGAUCUUGGCCCAUCAAUUAUGGAAAAUGUUGCCCAGAGUUUUGCAAAGACAAUCAAUCGUCCCUUAUCAAAGGAAACAAAAGCUAAAUUAAGAGAAGCAAUUAAGAUUCCUGAAAACUGCAAGGACUUUUCUGCUCCAAAGAUUAAUAAUGAGAUUUGGCGAAUCAUUCCAUCCCAUGCAAGAUUAUCAGAUGUAAAAAGUCAGCAAAAUCAGCAAGCGCUUGGCUGUGGGAUGUCGGCAUUAGCUCUUAUCUCAAAUAUGGCCUUGCAACAUAAGAAAGAUUUACCCAAAGAAUUAUUGGCUGCUAUAAUCAAGACGUCAUUGGAUGCAUCAAAUAUUAUGGGCGAUCAGUUUCAACAAAUAAGUUCGAGUCGGAGAAUGGAUAUAAAGAGAUUUUUAAAUCCAGAAUAUGCUGGGAUUUGCAAUGCACAAAUUUCUCAGUCAGAAUGGUUAUUUGGGUCCGACCUGAGCGAAAGUCUGAAGACAUCAAAAGCUACCUCAAGCUUAAUCAGAAACACAUCAGGUAUUAGAGGAAACAGCAGAUUCACUCCAUAUAACAAAUUUAAUCGGCCUUCAGCAAACACAUCUGGCACUUUAAACUACAGUCGCCCGUUCCGUCCAUUCCGAGGGAACGGGCAGUUUCGCCAAAACAGUUAUCGACCAAGUUCCAACUUCCAGCCGGCGUGGAAAACAAAUCAACAAUUCAAGCAAACAAGGAAUUAAAUAAUAAUUCGGAACAAUUAUGUCAGUCCGAACAAGAAAUUAUCUUUGAUGGCAGCAGUCUUAUCAGGAAAAUCUGGAACAAUUUAAAUUUAUCAGAUAACGUCAUUCAAUUAUUGCGAGCUUCAAAAUCGAAUGGAACUUGGCACCAAUACACGUCAUCACUCAAUAAAUGGGCGUUAUUUUGUAGCACGAAUAAUUUGUCGCCAUUAACUAAAAAUAUUAGUAACUAUUUAGAAUUUUUGAGUAGUUUGUAUAA